AUGGAGCAAAAGAAGAACGGUAUAUUUAAUGCAGCAGUAAGAAUGGUGCAAAAGAGUGUUGUAUCUGGUAAAAGAUCGUCAUCAGAUUCUUACUGUUAUAAUGAAUUUGUCCCAGUUGAUGUUGAAGAAGGACAUCUCGCAAUUAUAGCUACGGAUAGAGAAGAAAGCAGAAGAUUUGUUGUUCCAUUAGGGUUACUGAAUCAUCCUAUUUUCUUGAAUCUUUUGGAAAAAGCAGCUGAAGAAUAUGAUUUUGACUGUGAUGGUAUAGUUACAGUUCCUUGUAAGCCAAGUGAGUUUCAGAAGAUAUUGGCUCAAUGGCAUUCGCAAAUAUGGGGUCUUCGAGUUUAG